CAUCUCCAAAAUUGUAAAGUGUUACCUAUAAUAUAAAUAUUAUGAUAAUAUAUAUUAUUCAAUAUAAAUAUUAUUUCUUAAAUGCAUAAUUUCUGCUAUCUUGCUCCUUUGUUUACAUGAAUGUAAAAGGAAAGUUACACACCCAUCAGUUUAAAUAUCACAGAUUAAAACACAUUAUAGAGGAAAGUAUUCUUCUACAUGAAUACAUUCAGGCUUUUAACGUCACAAUAGUCAGUAGAUCAGCCAUGCAGUAUACUUCACAAAAAUAUCUGAGCAAUUAUCAUGAAAUAUCUCACCAGUUCAGAUGUUUUCACCAUACAUUUAACUAAACCACCGUGCACUAAGAUCUAUGCAAUAAUCUUGACUGGUGUUACAUUCUGUGAUUCUUUUAGCUGGAACCAGAUUCAGUAUGAGUUAAUGAUUCUCCUUAAGUGCAGUUUUGCCUUUCGUUUCUUUGUAUUGUCUCUUUCAGUUUUGGAGAGUAGCUGUAAAACCCAAACUCAUGUGCCUACAAAUAUGCUGUAUACACUGUCUUAGUUGCCUUAUAUUCUUCUCUGAAUAUAUUAAGUAAUGCUUUGCUCUGUUGUAGACCGUUAAAUCCUGACCUGAAUCAUAUCUUUAGUACAGAUGAUGACAUAUAAUUCAUGUCUAAGAUGUUAAAUGGUGUGACAUGAGAUUUUUGGAUGAUCUCAAGAUUUAGAAGCCAUACUAUAUCUCUCCUCAGGUGUUGAAUGUUUUGGUCAAGCUGCAAAAUAGAUACUGAAAACUUUGCAAUUACGUUUAGUUCUGUGUGUGGGUCAUUCUCAUGAAAAUGUGCUAUUUGUGCACUUAAAAAUAUUUAAAGAUUAGAUUUAAAAUACCAAAAAUCAAAGUACUCAUGCUAACCCUAAGACACGACAUUAUUUCAACCACAUUACAGCAAACUGAUGUACUUCUAAUAGAGAGUAGAUUCUGUAUGUUUAACUCUGUGUCAUUGUGACUUGAAAUGCAUUAUAACUUUUCAAAACAUAACAAUUUUGUCAGAGAGGGAAAUGUCACAAUUAAGAUGCAGAGACAAAUUCUACAUUUCUCAGAAAAUGAUAAUUACAUUUCAUUAAAAUAAAGAUAUUUUUUGCAGUAAAGUAGUGAUAAAUGGGGACCUGUAAAUGUCAAACAAGCAAAUAUUUUAUAUAUUUGCAUUACAAACAGUCUUAAUGAAUUGUUUAAUGGGACUAAGUCAUGGGGAUGCACACAAAUGACAUGACUUCCUAAGAAUGACUCGCACACUAUUUCCUCCCCUCCCACAAAAUAUGUUUUUUGGCUUAUUCAAGAGGUGGUUAAUAAAAUAGAAAUGAUUAUUCGUUAUUUAUUUCUUUUAUUGUACAAUCAAUAAUUAGGUUUAUAAGCUAAAACUAUGUUCAUAGUAGCAUAUUACUUGUAUUGCUUUUAUUAUGUUUUUUUUUUUUUUUUUUUUUACUAUUUUAUUAUUACAUAAGAAUUAAUGAUUAAUUGCUUUUAAAUAGUAUCUGGGUGAUCGAGGUUAAGUUUUGCUAUUAUUGCCUUUUUCAAAUUCUUUUUUUUUUUUUUCAUUGGAAACAAAUCAUUCCGUAUUUUAUACUAUCCUGAUCUGGUCAUUCAGAUGUUGUAUGUUCAUACAAUUUAUGAUUUAAUAUUUGCCUUAAAUAUUGGCCAUUCUAAUAAAUUGUAUUAGUUUGUGCUAUAUACUAUAUAAAUAAGCUGAUAUUGAGCUGAAAACAGCAUGUCUGGAAAUUAGUUUGUUUUUGGAAAUCUGGAAGAUUCAAGUCUUAUCUAGUUGUAUUCUGAUUUUAUGCUGGUUUUAAAUAAAUAAAAGUUUGCCCUUUCAGUCUUUAAUGGGACUAUUUUUCAUCCAAAACCUUUCGAUUCAUCUUUGCAGCAUGCAAUGUUUAUUAUAUCAUUAUUUGUGACAAUGGGUGUUCUUUGAACUUCCCAACAGAUUUCACAUGGAAAUUUUACUUUUGCAUGAUUGAGCAAUUCUCACUUAUUUUACUUGAAUUUGCCUGUCGCUUUGGUGUCGAGGUUGUGUUUUAACAUAUAAAAUAGACCACAGUUUUCAUUUCCCUUCUAGAGAUAAGUCAAAGUUCAGGGAAAAAGAUAUUGAGACAGGCAAAUCCAUUCCAACUGGUUAAGGCGGUGAAACACAAUCACUCUUCUUCAGAAAUACUACUUUGUUUUGCCAUCAUUAUAGUAUUACAUUCUCUUAAAGGGAUAGUUCACCCAAAAAUAAAAAAUUCUGUCAUCAUUUUUGGGUGAACUAUCUGUUUAACAGCAGAAGACUAUAAUGUUUAAAGAUGACUGUUUUUAUCCAUGAUGUUUAUCAACUGUAUUCAUAUUACAGCAAAAGUGUAUUUUUCUUCUGUCAAACUAUAAUAACAUUGUUGGAUAUGUAAUAACAUCCUAGUUAGUGCCCUAAUCUGAUUCUUUUUCGCUCAAAAAAAAAAAAAAAAAAUCACUCAGGGACUAGACCUUCACUGUUCUGCUAUUGCUGCUUCAUUUGAAGCUAUAUCCAUAUCUAAUAAAGACACAAACAAAUAAGUUACCUCCAGCAUUUGCCUGUGUGUGCUUUUACUUGCAAUUGCAAUAUAAACAUUUACACACUUUGGUAACAUAUUUACCCAGGCAAAUGCAUUCUCCGUGGUAAUUACAUAUAGCAUGCAAAUCCUUGCCACCAACAGACUGUGGAGAAACAGUGGGCUGGUGUGAAAAGAGUGUUUAUAAGCACAAAUGUGUCUGAAGAGCUCAUAUAUCAGAGGAAUGGGUAAGAUGUUGGUCUGGUUUGUGUAUCUCUAUCUCUUGAGUUUUAGUGACGGUGGAGGUCUUCACCUUCAAGGAGAUUAUAUCAUCUCUGGCUGGUUCCCUAUCCAUAAUUCAGAUUCCACCAUCCCAUCGACACCUUACCUGACUGACUGCACACAAGGCUUGAUCAACAAGCAUGGCUAUCAUCUGGUGCAGGCCUUCAGAUAUGCAGUGGACGAAAUUAACAACGGCACUCAGGAUAAGCAACUCCUUCCAGGGGUCACGCUGGGCUACCGGACAUAUGACUUGUGCUCCCUCCCAGCCAGCAAUCUGGCCACCCUGGAUCUGCUGAGCCAGCAGCGCCACAGUUCAGAUGUCAACAGCCGCUCUGUGGCCAUCAUCGGUCCGGACAGUAGUUCCUACUCUUUCACACCAGCCGGAGCUCUUGGUGCAUUCCUGGUGCCUCAGAUCUCCUACGAGGCCACAAACGAAAUGCUGAGCAACAAAAAUCUCUAUCCAGCUUUCUUCCGCACCAUUCCCAGUGACAAGAACCAAGUCAGUGCAAUGAUACAGAUUCUGGUCAGAUUUAACUGGACCUGGAUCGCCAUUCUCGGUAGUGACAACUCAUACGGUAUUCAAGGAAUGCAAGGCCUUUCCCAGCAAGCUUCACUUCACAAUUUAUGUAUUGCAUACCAAGCCCUGAUACCCGCUGUAACUGACGAGACGAAACAAUACAUGCAAGACAUGGUCAAAAACAUCAUCAAAACCAAAGUCAACACAAUAGUUGUCUUUGCCAAUAAGAGGCGGGCCGCUGGCUUCUUUCCUUUCGUUAUCGACCAAAACGUGACGGGUAAAGUGUGGAUUGGGACAGAGGACUGGUCGGUGGCGUCGACAGUGAGUAGCAUACCAGGGAUCAGUACGAUAGGGACUGUCCUCGGUGUCGCCGUCAAAUAUACUGAAUUCAGUGGGUAUGAAGAUUUUGAAAGGCUUUCUGUGCCUGGACUUAAAGACUUUGGUCUAAACAGUUCGUUCAACCUCAACGUCCCGUGUAUGCAAAAUACAGACCUUUAUGAUAUGGCGAUAAAACGCUUUCCUUUAUCGCAGUAUGACAUUGUUUCCUCCUUUAACGUGUAUAAGGCCGUGUAUGCAGUGGCUCAUGCGGUGCACAACAUCUUGAAUUGUGACUCUGGACUAUGUCAGAAAUAUAAGGUGCAGCCAUGGGAGGUAUUUCACCAACUGAAACGAGUUCAGUUUUCAAUUCGAAACACAUCAGUCUAUUUUGAUAAGAAUGGAGACCCUCCUACAGGUUAUGAUAUUGUGACAUGGCUAUGGAUGGAUGGCCAGUGGUCAUUUAAAGUGGUGGGAAGUUUCAGUCCCGGUCCGAAUGAUCUUCAGUUAGACGCCUCUCAGAUUCAAUGGACUGGGCAGGUGUCUCCUGUAACCAAGGUUCCCGAGUCGAUUUGUUCUCCAGAGUGUCCCUACGGACACAGAAAGCUCAUGACCGGACAGCAUAAGUGUUGUUUUGACUGCAUGCCAUGCCCUGCUGCCACCUUCCUCAACAAAACUGGUUACACUAGCUGUCAAGCGUGUGCCAUAGAUGACUGGUCUGAAGCAGAGAGUGAGACAUGUGAGAAGAGGGCAGAGCUGUACCUGUCGUGGGGCACUCCGCUCACCACCGCCCUGCUCAUAUACCUGGGUGUGACCCUGUUCCUCACCCUGGGCACAGCUCUCAUCUUCCUGUUGAACCUCAGUACCCCUGUGGUGAAGUCGGCCGGAGGGAAGACCUGUCUGCUGAUGUUGGCGUCUCUGACCGUGGCCGCCUCCAGCACACUGUGCCACUUCAGUAGACCGUCGCGCACCGGCUGCCUCCUCAAACAGCCGCUCUUCAUCAUCAGCUUCAACGUGUGCCUGGCGUGUGUGACUGUGCGAUCUUUUCAGGUGGUUUGUAUAUUUAAAUGGUCCUCCAAGCUGCCAAGAUUCUAUGAGACGUGGGCUAGGAAGCGAGGCCCUGAGAUGUUCAUCCUCAUCAUGACAGUGGUGGAGGUCUUCAUCUCGGUUCUUCGCAUGCUCCUCGACCCUCCUUUUCCAUCUCAGGACUAUGACUUCUACCAUGACAGCAUUGUUCUGGAGUGCAGUAAUACCCUGUCUCUCGGGGCCUUCGCCGAGCUGCUUUUUGUGUGCGUGUUGAGCUUAAUUUGUUUCUGCUUGAGCUACAUGGGAAAAGAUCUGCCUGCCAAUUACAAUGAGGCUAAAUGCAUUACAUUCAGUCUCAUGAUAUACAUGAUUUCUUGGAUCACGUUUUUUACAGCUUACUGCAUUUCCAGAGGGAGCUUCGCCAUGGCCCUAAAUGUAGGGGCCAUCCUCUUAAGUGUGCUGGGGAUACUCGGCGGCUACUUUUUGCCGAAGGUGUAUAUAAUCUUGAUAAAACCCCAAAUGAAUACAACGGCUCACUUCCAAAAUUGCAUUCAAAUGUACACCAUGUCCAAGCAGUGAAAGCCAAUCAGACUUUCUACUGUGUCUCUCAACAUUAGGAUAAUCCAAUAGUGCCUUCUAACGAUACAGAGCAACAUAAUCCCAGUUUCAGUCUUAGAAGGAGCCGAUAGUCUGAUUGUCUGGGGACUGUGACUGCUUGGCAUAUGCGUAGCCAGUGGGCAGAUCGUCAGAGAAAGCCUAAUUGUGUUGGCUACCAAAAGGGCAGAGCAACCGGUGUGAACAUCUGUCAUGUGCUCCGCUCUCAUGGGUGCCCAGUUUCACUCCAAACAACUCUGAGAAAAGAUUUAAUUGGGCAGCUAAUUUUGCAGAUACGAGGACAGAUGUUGUCACUUGUCCUGUUUGUCUUUAGUAAAUCGUAUUGCCCAAAGUUAGUCAAAAAUAUAUUAUAAAUACUAUAUGGGAACCCUUUACAAUAAGGUCCCAUCAGUUAAUAUUAGUUAAUUCAUUAACUAACAAUGAUCAAUACUUUUGCUGGAGUAUUUAUUAAUAUUUGUUGACGUUAGUUUAUAAAAAUGCAACUGUUUAUUGUUCAUUCAUGUUAGCUCAGUUCUAUUAAAUAUGAUUAAAGUCAGCAUGUAAUGAAAGUUGCGAUAGUCUUUUACGUAUCUGAAUAAAACACCUUCAUGAACAAGAAAAAGUGUAGGGUGAGACUUGAUUUUGUCCAUCAGGAAUUGAUUGGAUCGUUGGAUUGUUAAGGUUUGCUAUUGCUGUGAUCUCAUGAGAGUGACAAUAUUAUGUCCCACCCUCACAUCAUUAGAAAAGAGAAGAGAUGAUGCCACUGCAAGAGGUAGGGGAAGUUAUUUUGAUUAAAGAUUAUGAGGGCACAAUGAUGUGCAUGGAUAAAUAAUUUAUAAUAGAGCAAUAUUCCA